AGGACCCCGUGGAGUCACACUAAAGUCACUUCUAUCACGCAACAAUCCAUAGUUAUAAAACCCAAGGGACCUUGUAAAAAACGGGUUACAAACGGGUUACACAGUUUUAUCAAAGAAGCAAGAGAUCCUGAAGGCCCUCGAACUUCCGACCAGCGGUGAAUUCAGAGGUCAAGAUGGCGGACAGCGAAAGAGACGGGACGAAGAGAGGGUUUCGUUUUGCUAUCGACAGGGGUGGAACUUUUACAGACGUGUACGCAGAGUGCCCUGGCGGUAAAGUCCGAGUCAUGAAACUUCUCUCAGAAGAUCCGGGUUACCCAGAUGGGAACGCGCCGAGGGAAGCAAUUAGACGAAUUCUGCAAGAGGAAACUGGUCAGAAAAUUGCUCCGGGAGAACCUAUGGAUCCGGAACACAUAGACUGGAUUCGUAUGGGUACAACUGUUGCCACUAACGCACUUCUUGAGCGCAAAGGAGAGAAGAUGGCCCUGGCAGUCACUAGGGGCUUCCGGGACCUUUUACACAUCGGCAAUCAAACAAGACCUAAAAUCUUUGAUCUGGAAGUGGCAUGCCACGAUGUAUUGUAUGAAGAUGUUGUGGAGGUGAAUGAGAGAGUAGUCCUUGUUCAAGAAGACUGUCAGAUGAACUCUAAGUUUCCAAUUGUGCAGGGCAACACUGGAGAACAGCUUGAAUUAUGGCAAGCAGUGGAUAAGGAACAACUGAAAAAAGAUCUUCAGGCCGUCCUUGAUAAAGGCAUCAAAAGUCUUGCAGUUGCUCUGAUGCAUUCUUACAUAUACAACACGCAUGAGCGGGAGGUUGGCAAGCUUGCUCUGGAGAUGGGUUUUGAGCAAGUUUCCCUCUCUUCUGAUGUCAUGCCCAUGGCUAGAGUUGUACCAAGGGGAUACACAGCAUGUGCUGAUGGUUAUCUGACCCCGUGCAUCGCCCGUUAUGUUUCUGGAUUUGCCAAGGGGUUCAAAGGGGGACUGAAGAAUCUCAAUGUGCUGUUCAUGCAAUCUGAUGGCGGACUCACACCAGUCAACAAAUUCCAUGGCUCGAAGGCAAUUCUCUCAGGCCCUGCGGGGGGUGUGGUUGGGUAUGCAAUGACGACAUACCAGAGGGCAGCACAGGGGAGACCUGUCAUUGGCUUUGACAUGGGUGGAACAUCGACUGAUGUAUCCAGAUUUGCUGGUCAUUAUGAACACGUGUUUGAAACCACGACUGCUGGGAUCACCAUCCAAGCACCGCAGCUUGAUAUUAACACAGUUGCAGCAGGGGGAGGCUCCAGGCUGUUCUUCAGGGCUGGACAGCCAAUGGUUGGACCAGAAUCGGCAGGUGCUCUACCUGGACCUGUUUGCUACCGUAAAGGUGGACCCUUAGCUGUUACUGACGCCAACUUGGUACUUGGCCGACUUCUGCCAGAAUUUUUCCCACAAAUCUUUGGCCCAGGUGAAGAUGAGGCUCUUGACAAGGAGGGCUCUUUAGCUGCCUUCCAUAAAUUAACAGAUGAGGUAAACAAGUUUUCGGCCAGUCAGCCAGGCAGUGCUGGACAAGACCCUCUGUCGGUGGAGGAGCUGGCCAUGGGUUUCAUCCAGGUUGCAAAUGAAAGCAUGUGCCGACCAAUCAGGAACUUGACACAAGCCCGUGGUCAUGACACAGCGCAGCACGUACUAGCGUGCUUUGGUGGUGCAGGGGGUCAGCAUGCAUGUGCUAUUGCAAGGUCGCUUGGAAUGUCUACUGUGUUCAUUCAUAGGUAUUCUGGCCUGUUGUCAGCCUUCGGAAUGGCACUGGCUGAUGUAGUGCAUGAAGCACAACAGCCGUGUGCACACACAUAUGAGCCAGACUCAUAUGAUUACCUGGACAAAAGAAUUGACAUACUGUCCAAGAAAUGUGUAGACGAGCUGAAAAAGCAGGGAUUCAAAGAGAAGUACAUUUCCACUGAAGUAUUUCUACACAUGCGCUACGACAAAACAGAUUGUGCACUUAUGUGCAACCCUGCCGAAGCCAAAAAGGGAUCUAGUCGACAUGGCGACUUCAAAAGUGCAUUUUUGGAAAAGUACAACCGUGAGUUUGGCUUUGUAAUAGAGGACCGCAAGAUCAAUGUGGAUGAUAUCCGUGUGAGGGGGACUGGCCGGUCGCAUGUAGAGCUCACUGCACAUGUCCAGCCAGCUGAUAAACCUGCUGUCCCUAAAAAGGUCACAAAGUGCUAUUUUGAAGGAGGGUUCCUGGACACCAAUGUUUUUUUCCUGGAUGAGCUGGGGAGUGGACACCAGUUGGAGGGUCCAGCAAUUAUCAUUGAUAAGACAAGUACCAUAGUUGUAGAGCCAUACUGCCUGGCCAAGAUAACAGACCAUGGUGACAUCAGAAUAGAGAUUGGGGAGAGUAAGCUAAAGAGUCCCAUUGGUACUGAAAUGGACAGGAUUCAGCUCGCCAUCUUUUCUCAUCGCUUCAUGAGCACUGCAGAACAAAUGGGAAGAGUCCUUCAGCGAACUUCAAUAUCUACGAACAUUAAGGAACGGCUGGACUUCUCCUGCGCAAUGUUUGGCCCAGAUGGGGGCCUGGUAGCGAAUGCCCCUCACAUCCCAGUCCACCUCGGCUCAAUGCAGGAGACCGUGCAGUACCAGAUACGUGCGCUUGGUGACAACCUGAGGGAGGGUGACGUCAUCCUUACUAAUCAUCCAAUCGCAGGAGGGACACAUCUUCCAGAUUUGACUGUCAUUACCCCGGUAUUCUAUCCCGGUCAGCCAAGACCUGUGUUCUAUGUGGCUAGUCGUGGCCACCAUGCUGACAUAGGCGGAGCAGCGCCCGGUUCUAUGCCGCCGACCUCCAAAUCCAUCUUCGAUGAGGGCGCAGUGUUUAAAUCAUUCAAACUUGUUACCAAUGGCGUCUUCCAGGAGAAAGAGCUCACGAAGAAACUCAUGGAUCCAGGCAAAUACCCAGGUUGCAGCGGGACCCGCAACCUUCACGACAACAUCUCGGACCUGCGGGCUCAAGUAGCAGCCAAUCAGAAGGGCAUAAAGCUGAUCAUAGAACUUAUCAAUGAAUAUGGCUUGGAAGUGGUGCAAGCCUACAUGAGCCACAUACAGCACAAUGCAGAAGUUGCUGUCCGCGAAAUGCUCAAGAAAUUCGGUCGCAAAACCAAGGAGAGGACAGGGAAAACCGUUGUCAAGGCAACUGACUACAUGGAUGAUGGCACGCCCAUUAACCUUACCGUCACUAUUGACAUCACCAAGGGCAGUGCAGUGUUUGAUUUUCGGGGUACUGGCCCAGAGGUGUACGGCAACUGCAACGCUCCCCGUGCCAUCACUUUCUCCGCCACCAUCUAUUGCCUCAGGUGCAUGGUCAACGAGGAUAUACCCCUCAACCAGGGCUGUCUGGCCCCCGUGGACGUCAUUAUCCCAAAGGGCAGUCUUCUCGACCCAUCAGACAACGCGGCUGUGGUGGGCGGGAAUGUUUUAACGUGUCAGCGUAUUGUAGACACUGUUUUCAAGGCUUUCCGAGUCUGUGCUGCUUCCCAGGGCUGCAUGAAUAACGUCACAUUUGGCGACGAAAAAUAUGGCUAUUACGAAACCAUAGCCGGCGGAUCUGGCGCGGGUCCCACAUGGACAGGACGAAGUGGAGUCCAUGUACACAUGACUAACACUCGCAUCACGGACCCAGAGAUUCUAGAAUACAGGUAUCCCAUAGUCCUACGACGUUUCCAUCUGAACCCAGGGACGGGCGGUCUCGGUCUGCACAGGGGAGGGGACGGGAUUGUUCGUGAGCUGCUCUUUAGGAGGCAUAUAACACUCUCCGUACUAACGGAAAGGCGCGCAUUCCAACCAUACGGUCUCGAGGGUGGUCUGCCAGGUGCUCGCGGGCUCAACUUGCUCAUCCGUUCCGGGCGCGAUCCAAUCAAUUUAGGCGGGAAAACGUGCAUAAAUGUAGAACCAGGGGAUGUGUUCAGGAUUCAAACCCCAGGGGGUGGGGGGUACGGAUCUCAAGAUGGCAUGCAGGGUGAUGAAGAGGGGAGACCCCUGAAGAGAAAGCGACAGCACCCAACCCAGCUUUACGAAGAAAGAGGAUCGCUCCACGACUACAAGCUUAUGCAGUGUUCAGCGUAACGCCGUCACAGAAUGACCGAGUACAGUCACGCAAUCCACCGGUACUGUUAAUAUGAUAAUGAUGGCACGAAUGUCACGCAAUCGUUAUGAAACGUAGCGUAACGGGGACACCAUAACUGGACGCCCUGUCACGUGAUCUACAGGUACUGCAGUCCCAAUGAGGAAAGCGUAUGUGUCACGCAGAUGGGAAGUGUUACAUGUAACGCAAUGUGAUCGUUACGUGACACACAGUCAUGCGAUUAAGAAGUUUGAGCAACUAAAACGGCGCGAGUGCUUUUUGUCACUCGAAAAACGAUGCGUGUAAAAAAAGUUUCUUGAGAAUAUUUUUACUUAUUUUACCAACUUUUUUUAAAGCAAAAUUACCAUGAUUAGUAGAUAGGUGGGUUCAAAGCACUGUAGGAUUUUCAUAGCAUAUCAUAUCAUUUAUUAUACAAUUAUAGAAUUACAGGAAGAAUUUAUAGAGUAGAUAAUAAACGUUGAAGGGGAUUACGAUUACUUGAGUAAACAAGGGCUGGAGGAUAAGAAAUCACUAACACUUAAAUGUUGCACUUGAAAUGGAUGUACAUGGAACGGAGGGACAAACGAUGGUUUUUCACAUCUUUAUUAGGUCAAACUUAUAGCAAUUGAAUACGAUACAUUCAAAUACAAUACUAGAUAUGAGUUCCAUAUGGGGCCCGCGUCACGCAAUUCGCCAAAAUGACAAAAUUAUUAGCUUUUUUGUGUCAAUUCUCAACAAUUUUCGUAAUGACGAUUUGUACCUUAUAGGGUUCCCACGGGUCCAUAAAAUCCUAGAAAGUCAUGGAAUUUAGAGAACUUUUUUCCUAGGCCUGGAAAGUCAUGGAAAAAAAAAUAAAACAAAAAAAUAAAAAACCCGAAGUCAUUAAAUGUUAUGAAAAGAAAAGAUAAUAGUUUUACGAAUGAAUGUUUUUUUUUUAUAAUAUUAAAAGGUAAUUAAAAGUCUGAAAUCGUGGGAACCCCGUUAAAACACUAAGCUACAUUAACGCAGAAUGACCUAAAGUAGAAAGGGCAAUUUUAACCAGGCUUUUUUGUGACUCAACCCGAGCGGAGUUUGAGGCGUGGUUAGAAAAAAGAGAAGGAACCCUAGGUUUGUUGUAGAUACAAGAUAAAAUUAAUGAGUUUUUAGCAAUACUGUCUAAUAUGGGUACGUCAAUUGGUUUAUAAAUACAUGUUUUUACGAAUA